GGCCUCGCGCCCCCCGCCCCCGCCCCCCGCCCGCUGCUGCUCGCCGGAGCCCGCCACGCCCCCGGUCAAGCCCGCCCCCAAUCGUUAACUGCGAGCCUGAAUUGCUGCCGGCCGACAGGGGGCAUUAACCAGCUUCUGAGGAAACUAUUCAGAGCAAGCCCGUCUUCUUCUGUUCCACGGCAGCACUAGGGCGAACUUCCUUCUUCGGCAACCGGCCUCAGUCCCAUCCUUCCUCGGUACCAGGUAGACGGUACUCAGGAGAUCUACGCAGGCGGUGAUCCUUGUUUGUCCGCGGUGCACCGUACCUGGCGGUCCUUCAUAGCCAUGGUUUAUCACUCUAGUUUCAUUGAUGAUGACGGGAUCACAAAUGCCUGUGGGUGUCCUUUGCUUCCACUCAAAACCCAUAUAAAGGGCCCAGCCCCAGCCUCAGAUUCAGAUAAGGCGGAUAUAGUUGAUGAAGCGAUAACUUUCUUCCGUGCAAAUGUUUUCUUCAAAAACUUCCAUGUCAAAAGCCCAGCAGACAAAUUGCUCAUCUAUCUGACAUCUUACAUCAAUAUUGCCUUGAAAAGACUAGAAACCUGCCGGACGCUGGCUGUCGGAACUAAGGCAAUCAUUAACCUGGGGUUGGAAAAAGUUCCUGUGCCUGGGGAACCAGGGUUUCCUUUCCCUGGACUUUUCACUCUCCCCCAAUCUGGGGAGGAAGCAGAACUGUUGAGGAACUAUCUGAAGCAGAUAAGGGAGGAAACGAGCGGGAGGCUGCUCAACUGCGCAUACAGAGCUAAUGGCACUCCCAACAAAUGGUGGCUGGCUUUUGCGAAGAGGAAGUUCAUGAACGUUGUCAUCCUUUAGAGCGUAAGCACAUCAGCAACAGCUUAAGAGGCGUUCGUGUAAAUCCUGAUUGCACUUGCACAUUUAUUCCUACGAUGACGUAAAGAUUCUUUCUCUUGAAGACUUCAAGUAUACAAUGCUGAAAACAUUUUCUGGCAAUGUACCUGCUGUUAUCGUGGCCUUCACUGAAUGAAUCCUUCAUGUUCUUCC